ACGGACCAGUUUGUUGCAGUAAAACCAGUCCGGGUAGCUAAGUGGGUGAAAGGUUUGACAGCAGCGCAGCGGCGGCAUCUCUUUCGCUCUCUCCCGCACACUCACAGCGACCAGAGCGGAAAGUCAAAAUGUCCAAACAGCCGCAGCCGAUCAGCCCGCUGAAGAACUUCUUCGCUGGAGGCUUCGGAGGAGUCUGCCUCGUCUUCGCAGGACAUCCACUCGACACCAUUAAAGUGCGUUUACAAACUCAACCCAAACCUAAACCGGGAGAGCGACUCAUAUAUGCCGGAACCCUUGACUGUUUCAAGAAGACGUUAGCCAAAGAGGGUAUGAAAGGUCUUUACAAAGGCAUGGCCGCUCCGAUUAUUGGGGUCACGCCGAUGUUUGCCGUCUGUUUCUUUGGAUUCGGACUCGGCAAGAAACUACAACAGAAAACUCCACAUGAUAUUCUUACGUAUCCACAGCUGUUUGCUGCUGGGAUGUUGUCGGGCGUGUUCACCACGGCCAUCAUGGCUCCUGGAGAGAGAAUCAAAUGCCUCCUACAGAUCCAGGCAUCGACCGGGGAGGUGAAGUAUGCCGGACCCAUGGACUGUGUCAAACAGCUGUACGGACAGUCGGGGAUCAGAGGAAUCUACAAAGGCACCGCACUGACUCUCAUGAGAGAUGUUCCAGCGAGUGGCAUGUACUUCAUGUCCUACGAGUGGCUGAAGAACCUCCUCACACCAGCGGGAAAAAGGUGAAUAUCUCUUGAGAUACCGGCCGGUUUAAAGGAGCUCUUACAGGGAUACACUGUGGAGGUGCUUCGCCGCAGGCCGUCCAACCUGGUCGAAUUUGCCGUGCGACAUUUUACACAAGUUCUGGAAAAUCAAAGAAAUGACCAACGAGGCAACAACUGCGGUGCAAAAGCUGCGAGAAAGGGAGUCACGUUUGACACAAACAAGUCCACAGAGGAUGAAGAAGAGGAGGACGAGGAGGAAGACACUGUUAUGUCCAUCACGGCUAAAUCCAGUCGCAGAGUUUCAGUGUGUGCAGAGGCGUACAAUCCCGACGACGACGAGGAUGACGGUGAUGAUGAUAAAGCAGAGACUCGGGUGGUGCAUCCCAAAACAGACGAGCAGCGUCACAGACUUCAGGACGCGUGCAGAGACAUUUUACUGUUUAAAACACUGGAGAGGGAGCAGUUCUCCGAGGUUUUGGACGCCAUGUUCGAGGUGCUGGUCAAAGCUCAGGAGCACAUCAUAGAUCAAGGAGACGACGGAGACAAUUUCUAUGUCGUGGAGAAAGGUGUGUAUGAUAUUUUUGUACAGAAGGACGGAGCAGACGUGUGUGUUGGUAAGUACGACAACAAGGGGAGUUUUGGUGAGCUGGCUCUCAUGUACAACACGCCGCGAGCUGCGACCAUCAUUGCAACGCAGGAGGGCGCUCUGUGGGGCCUGGAUCGAGCCACGUUUCACCGACUGAUUGUGAAAAACAACGCCAAGAAAAGGCGGACGUACGAGGUCUUCGUUGAGAGUGUUCCUCUCCUGAAGUCUCUCGAGCUCUCUGAAAGAAUGAAGAUCGUCGAUGUUCUGGGAGCGCGAGCGUUCAAAGAUGGAGAGUGUGUAAUAACACAGGGGGAGACGGCCGACUGUUUCUACAUUGUGGAAUCAGGAGAAGUGAGGAUAACGAUAAAAGGCAAAAUGAAGGUCGGUGUGGACGGGGUGGAGGAGGUGGAGGAGGUGGAGGAGGUGGAGGUGGCUCGCUGCUCCAGAGGACAAUACUUCGGGGAACUUGCACUGGUCACCAACAAACCUCGAGCUGCAUCUGUGUACGCUGUGGGACAAACCAAAUGUUUAGUGAUUGAUGUCCGGGCUUUUGAGCGUCUGCUGGGCCCCUGCAUGGACAUCAUGAAGAGGAACAUCUCUCAGUACCAAGACCAGCUGGUGGCGCUGUUUGGCUCCAGUGUGGACUCUUGAAACACUAGGACACAAAAUAGCAUUUCAGUCAAAUAUAACAAGCAGUAUUAUUUUAUCACAUGA